AUGGCUGAGACUAAGGAAGUCGUGCACGAGGGCGUGCCCUGCGAGGCGCCUGCCGCGGACGUGGCGCAGGUGCGUGAGGAGCUGGGCUACGUGCCCAACAACCUGGUCAAGGUGGCCGCCUUCGUGGCGGGUGACGGCAGUGGCCGCACGUCGCGCGUGCGCGGGUCGGCGGACCAGCGGCCAGCCACGCUGCUGCUCUACCCGCUGCGCAGCGCCGAGGACGCGUACAAGAAGAAACAGCGCGCCAAGGUGGAGCCCUUCCCGACCAUCUACUGGCUGGCCUCCACGGAGCUCAAGGCGCGCGUGUCCGCGCUCGAGGACCAGCAGUUCGUGCUGACGCUGCAGCAUCGACUGGACGCCGACGAAGCGGCCAAGCAGCGGAUGAAGGAGAGCCACCGCGAGUACGCGGAGCAGCGUUGGCGCAUGAUGACGGCGCAUGACCUGGAGCUGGUCAAGGGCCGCCGGUGGGAGUUCUUCCUGCGCGACGUGGGCAUCGCCGGCAUCCGCGAGUACACGAACGUCAAGUGCCUGCACACGCACUACGCGCACUACUUGGCCACGGGCAACAACCUCGUGGGCGAGUGGGUGCAGGAGCUCCUGGACAACGCAGCAGCGACCGAGCGGACGGAAGUGCUCUAGUCUCUCGACCGCAGACGGUAACACAACAC